GUAAUUUAAACCUUCGAGGGGGUAAAUGUAAUUUAAACUGUUGAUAUGAAUUUGUAUCUCAUUUCAUUAAUAUCUUUUUAACUGUUAUACAGAUUGACUCGAAAAACACGAUUUAAAAAAAAAAAUUGAUUUAAGGAAAAUUAUCUUUGAUUAUGCCGAUCAAACAGUUAGAAUUGGGAAUGGCCACGCUGGUAAACAAUCCAUUGGACAAUAAUUUGUCUGGAUCAAAACCAGCUCUCGACGACUCGCUAAAUACUGGAGAGUUUAUCCAAUUGAAAGAAGCCAAACUGAAUCAGGAUGGCGUUCUUCAGUACAGAGACACAGUUUUAGACAAAGAAAAUCUUCAUUUAGUGGGCUCACUUAAAAAUACGGAGAAAGACAUUGUAAAACAUGACAUUGCAAAAUGGUCAAAAGACAAUGUCGCCAAAAAUGAUUCGGAUGGCAAAACGGAAGUGACGGCAUCUUCUCGGCCGGUUACAGGCGUUUCUGUGAAACAUGUGGGAGACGAGAAAGCGGACACUGCACGUGAUGCCCACAGUCCUUCUAAAAGGAACGGAAUACGUUCAUAUUCCGAAUAUGGCAGAUCAACCAAUAUCGCCAGACAGUCUGUUUUGGCUCCUGGGAAGGGCAGGUUCGACCCAAUUCCCACCCCCAACAGCCGAGAUUAUCGAAGCAUGCCCAGCCCACCUCCUAAACACAUCCGAGUUCCUACCAAACUUAUUCGACUGGCCACAGUCACCAUGUCUGCGAAAACAAAACCAGCACCACGACCACCAAUGAGUAGUUUGUACUAUGAAGAACCGAAAAAGCCUAAAAAGGUGAUAGGAUGGGAUGAAGCACACAGUGCCCGACCCCCAUUGAGGAUCGACAUGGAGGGCCCAGGGCCCUGUACCUACUCCCCACAGAAUAAACCACUAUAUGAAACAAACGCUCCAUCAUGGUCAUUUGGAAGCAAAACACAGCCGGACAAAGAUGGAGGAGGGGGAGGGAGAACCUCCUGGGAAAAGUCCUGGUUUCAGAGUCCUCACCUAUACCAACAGAAAACAGACUUUUUCAGUGAUAACGCGUGGCCUACUCCCAGCACCUACUCACAAAGACCUCUCCUGGGGCCUCGACAGAGGACAGUCAUGGAAUCCCCCUCAUUCAGUAUUGGCAUAAGAAGAAAAUUCGAUUUAGCCAAACCUGAGUCGACUAAGCAACCAUCCCCUGUGGAUUAUGAGAGAAAACUAGCAGACAAAGUGGUAUUCCAAUCCAGCCCCGCUUAUUCCCACCAAUUACGACGGGACGGCACGAUCCUAUGGUCACACAAUGAGAAAACCCCUGGCCCUGCUGCAUACAGCCCCAGGGUUGAACAGAGCAAAUUGAUGCGCCCAGCUUUCACGAUAAGGAGUUUAAGGCGGGAAAAGUCGCAUGUGUUGGGACCUUUUUCUACCUUCUAAUUAAUUGCAACUAUUUGUUGUACGAUUUUUUACGUGUUCUGUGAUAUAAGACUUUUUCUAUGCAUCUGUUAUACAUUUUUUAUUUUAAAAACAAACAUGUUUUUGUUUAUGUAUCGUUUGAAUUCAUACAUAGGUAUCUUGUUGAAUAUUGCUCAAAAGAGACGCUGCAGUAUUUAUUGUUUUGAUCUGAAAAUAAAUAAUAUUUCAUCUUA